UGUGGAAAAUUUAUGAAACCUUAGUGAGGAAAUUAUUUUGAUAUGUCAUCAUUUUCCAUACGGCAAAGUCUUGAAAUUUGCAACAUGGGUCUGAUUCAUACAUUCCAAUGAAGGAGGAAACCAAGAGGAAAAUACCCUUUAGGAGGAACAAAAAAAUAUUAUAUAUUCCCAUUAAAUAUUGAAUUUAUUUAUACACCUUGAAACUCAUGAGCUUAAAAAAUCAUAUUCAAUGAAACCAUUUUUGGUUUUUCUCAUUUGUUCUUGAUAUGAGUCACCUCUUUUUUCCUUCUGUACUAUCUGUCAUUUUUGCCUUGAAAUUCUACCAUUUUUACCAUUUUUUUUUUUGUUUCCUUCAUUAACCCUUUUCUCUUCAUUCACCUUACUUCAAGUUUAGUCCUUUUUUUAGUGUUUUUUCUUCUUAAUCAUCUCUUGUUGUAAACUUUUGUUCUUUUUCUAGUUUUCUCAAUUUUGGCCUGAAAUUUUUCAAGUUUCUUUGUCAAGUUGAUAUUUUUCAUUGGUUUCAAAGGAAACAAUUUAUUUUCACUAUGGUUUUGAAACUUUUACUCAUUCUAAUUUUCCUUGUGAUACAUUUCUUCACUUUAGAAGCCAUUUCUGAUUUUGCAGUUAGAGACUUGACAAGAAUUCAAACUCUGCAUAGAAGGGUUAUUGAAAAGAAGAACCAAAACUCUAUUUCAAGGAUACAAAAAACAAAGGAACAAUCAAACAAGUCCUAUAAGCCGCCAGCUGUUGCCGCACCACCGGAAUAUUUGACCGGAAACUAUUCAACUCAGCUUAUGGCCACCUUGGAAUCAGGAGUAAGUUUUGGUUCCGGUGAGUAUUUCAUCGAUGUAUUCAUCGGUACGCCACCAAAACAUUUUUCUCUGAUACUUGACACCGGUAGUGAUCUUAACUGGAUUCAAUGUGUUCCUUGUUAUGCUUGUUUUGAUCAAAAUGGACCAUAUUAUGAUCCUAAAGAUUCCACUUCUUUUAAGAACAUAAGUUGUCACGAUUCGCGGUGUCAACUCGUGUCAUCGCCUGAUCCUCCUCAGCCCUGUAAGGCUGAGGAGAAUCAAACUUGUCCGUAUUUUUAUUGGUAUGGCGAUAGUUCUAACACAACUGGCGAUUUCGCACUUGAAACAUUUAGAGUGAAUCUUACAAAACCAAACGGGAAAUCCGUGUUCAAAAUCGUCGAAAAUGUUAUGUUUGGUUGUGGUCAUUGGAAUAAAGGACUAUUUCGCGGCGCUUCUGGAUUGUUAGGAUUAGGAAGAGGACCAUUAUCAUUUGCUUCACAGCUUCAAAAUCUCUAUGGUCAUUCAUUUUCCUAUUGUCUUGUAGAUAGAAAUAGCAAUUCAAGUGUUAGUAGCAAAUUGCUAUUUGGUGAGAACAAAAAGCUUCUUAGUAACCCUAAUUUGAAUUUCACAUCUUUUGUUGGUGGAUUAGAGAACACAUUUUACUAUGUUGAGAUAAAAUCUAUUAUAGUUGGUGGUGAAGUGCUAAAAAUACCAAAAGAAACAUGGAAUUUAAAUGAAGAUGGUUCUGGUGGUACAAUAAUCGAUUCCGGUACAACUUUAACUUAUUUUGCUGGACCAGCUUAUGAGAUUAUUCAAGAAGCAUUCAUGGAGAAAAUUAAGGGUUAUUCAAUAGUUGAAAGUUUUGCACCUUUAAAGCUAUGUUAUAAUGUGAGUGGAAUUGAAGAAAUGGAAUUGCCUGAAUUUGGAAUAUUGUUUUCAGAUGGAGCUGUUUGGGAUUUUCCUGUUGAGAAUUACUUUAUUCAGAUUGAAUCUGAUGAUGUUGUUUGUUUGGCUAUUUUAGGGACUCCUAAAUCUGCACUCUCAAUAAUUGGAAAUUAUCAGCAACAGAAUUUUCAAAUUUUGUAUGAUGGGAAGAAAUCUAGACUUGGUUAUGCUCCAAUGAAGUGUGAUGAAGUUUAAUUAAUAUCUUUUUAUGAAUGAAAUCUGUAUAGAAGGUUGACAUUGAAAUGGAAAUUCUGAGGCUGAUUUUUACUUCUUUUUUUGCUUUUUAAUGUAGUAUUUUGGGUGUAAAUCGGGUCUCCUCCGUGGGCAAUUAUGAAGACUAAUCUCUCGAGCAUUGUGGGACCCAAAUGGGCGGCAAUCUUUCCAUAAGAGUUUUAAGAUGCUGCAUGCCCAUGACUGGAUUCGAACCCACCUUAGUUAAGUUAGAAGAGACUCGUAUCAUCUCAUCUAAACGCUCUUGUGUUUUUAAUGUGUUUUUAUGUACUAGAUAGUAGAAAGUGUUGUAUACAAAACAAAGAAAUGAAAGAAAAAAAUGUUUGUUUAGAUUAUGCAGAACAGGAUCAAUGCAAACUCAAAUGUUUCAUAGUUUUGUGAUCAAUUAAUCACUUCAAUUUUGAA